UACAUUCCCAAUGACAUGUUUAGUACCAUGUUAUUGGUAGAGGAUCAGAAUGCUGUAGCCUACAUGAACCAUGAUUGGGUUUGAACAACCAGCAAACUAUACCUCUUUGAAAUAUUAUUUACUUUGUAAAUGCAAUAUUUAGUUUUGUUGGUGAACUUACUGCUUGCCGGACAGUGUCUCCAACUUUUCAGCUCGCUAAGAUAGGAAGGCACUAACUAACGUUGAAAGCAGGAGGGACUGAUCUUGUCCAACCUGCAGACAAUCAGCCAUGUACUGUAGGACUGAAGUGGAGCUGACUGGCUGGCUGGCUGGCAGUAUAGGGUUUCAGUGCAAGGGGAGAUUUCUGCUUUGCAGAGCAGCCUACAACAGGUCAACUUACAGGGCUUCAGCAGGAAAGAGGAGAGAAGGGAGACGGGCGACAGGGGCAUGGGAAGGAAAAGAGGGGGCAACUAUAAUGUAGCUGGUUGCCUACAGAUGGCAAGCUGCUAUAAAAUGAGAUGAAGCAAGACGCUGAUUUUAUAAGGGACAUUUCAACUAGCAGUGCGAUGAGCUCAAAGGAAGGAUUCAUCUGUCUGACAGCCUGCUGACUGGAAGAAGACAUUCCCAAUGCCAACGACGGAGUUGCUGAUUGGUUCCACAUGCCAACUUUGGACUUUUUGAUUGGUGAAGCACAUUAGGAUAUCUGACUGGUGCCUGCAGUUGUUUGGAGCACACACUAACUUACUGGAGGAGGAAUUGAUUUUUGAACAUCCAUUUAUCAUUUGGUGUCUGAUAGGUGAGAAGUGACGUAGGGAGGGAGUCUCUUGAGGUUUGAGUCAUCAAUGCCCAGGCCAUUGUUAAAGGAGACCUACUGAGACCUUCUGACUAACGGACAGACAGGAAGUGGAACAGGCAGCAUGGACACUAUUGAGAACCCCGACUUGGAGCCCAGAUCGGAGCGGAUCGCCCGCUACAAGGCCGAGAGGAGGCGGGAGCUGCAAGAACUCUAUGGCAACAUGGAGGAGCUCCCAUCCAAGUGGGUGAGGAGGGAUGGGACUCUCAUGAACUCAGACAGCGCACCUCCCUCCACAGACAGGACCCUCUCUGGGGGGUUGAACGGCAGAGCGGGGGGGCCGGAGGGUGGCCGGAGGGACCUCCACAUGGAGAGCAACACCCCUCUGGAGUCAGAACCUCGGAGAUUCUCCAACGGCUUUGAGGCAGACACCGCUGCAGACCCAACAUACCUCCAAAGGCUGCUGGAAGCAGAGGAAGAGGAGAACGCUAAAGCUGAUGUGAAGACAGACGACAGAGCCAAGAUGAGUGUGGCGGCCAAGAUGUCUCUGUUUAAAGAGCUAGAGAAGUCAGCAGCCCCUAAGGCCUCCUCCUUUCUGAAGCCUCGCUCUGGCAGCGUUGCGUAUGAACGCAGAGUACGCCGUGGCAACGAGCACCGCUCACUCACUCAGCCAAUCACCUGUGAGGAGAUGGUGGUGGCCACCAGCACCCCCCAGCCAGCAGAGUCAGGCGAGGCCCAGGCUGUGCAGGCCGAGGCAGAGGCAGUGGAGGACGAUGAGAACAAUAAGCUGACUAUGAGCGAGAAGCUGGCUCUGUUCAACAAGCUGUCCCUGCCAGGGAACCAGGGGGAUGCCACUCCCUAUGCCCCCCCAGAGAGACGCAGGCAGAAGGGGGCACGCUACCGCACACAGCCCAUCACCGUGGAGGAGGUCAGCCUGCUCCAGAAAGGCCCCAUCCGACUGCCCCCGCUGCGCCUGUCCCCCACCCUGUCCGACAGGCAGCAGGAGCGGUCCAUCAAUCUGAGGCCCAGUGAGGUGCGUCAGGCCCAGCCUCGACCCGGGGCCGAUGUGGAGCCUGCCACAGGACCUGACCCGUCCCAGCAGGGCCAGCAGCAGCGCAGGGACUCUGAGCCAGGAGAGAUCAGAGGCAUCCUGAGGAAGAGCCCCUCUGGAGCACCAGUACGGGACCGAGACAGAGACACUAUGUGGCAGGACAGACAGCAGGACCAGGACGGAGGAGGGGAGAGGGGGAACGAGGUGGGGGAGAAGAGGGCAGAAAGACAUGAUAACGUACCAGUGCCUUGUAGAGAGAGACCAGCCUCCUCGGCCCCCUGGAGACAGAGGAACAGGAACAGGAGGGAGACGGUGGCUGUGUGUAGCCCAGCCAGGCCCUUCUCAGAGCAGGGUCACCCCCAGGAGGAGAGGCCUUCCCUGGCUGAACAGAGAAAGCAGAUGGACCCCCCUGGGAACACCUCUGGGAGAGACAGGCUGUCAGAUGCUUCCAGGGAGGAGGGAGAGGAGGAGAAGGGGGGCAGGGUGAGAAGAGACACUCCUCCCAGACAACACGUCCAGGUGACCUUGGCGGACCAGAGGAAGGAAGACAAUGAGAUCUCCCAUGAUGCACCAGUCGUCAACCCUCAGUGCUGGGUUCCUGUCUUUUCCUCUGUCUAUUCUAACAGUACACCUCAAUAUGUCAUGUGCUACAAUCAGACCAGCUCUUCCUAUGAGGCCCAGGAGGUCUCCUCUCCUACCCAGGUCUGCUCUCAGCCCCAAUGGAGACAGAAGCAGACUAGACCAGUAGAAGCGGAGGAGCUGCCACAGGCGUCGGUGGAUGAGCGCAUGAUAACCCUACAGGACAGCGAGGAGCAGUGCAAGACCAGAGGGAGAGGAGCCGCCAACGAAUCAGCCCAGUACACUGUGGCCGGACGCAUGGCGAAAAGAGGCUUGGUGACCCCUGUAUCAGACAUAGACGAGACCCCUCCAUCUCACACUAAGAGACCCUCCACAGGAGCCACAGCAACAGCAUGCCCAUGUGAAGAGAUCUCCAGUCACCCUGGGAUGGAGGUGGAAGAGGACACAAAGCUGGACAAUCUGGAUUCCAUUGUGGACUUGUUGAAUACCGCUCCCCAGGACACGCCCCUGGAGGUGACCUCAGUGGGGGUGAAGGAGGUCAUGACCCCUGAUGACCAGGAAACAUGUGGUGGUUUCUACAGGGAGGUGCCUCCCCACUCACCCUCUGCCCUCCCUGCUGGGGCUGGAGCUGCCACUGGAACUGACCCAGAACAGGACCUGAGUGCCCUCUGCCAGACCAACACACCCAUGCUGACAUCAGAAGUAGCGCAGCACAGGCGGUCGGUGCGUCCGUCCCGUAGGACCCAGGGCUCACGGAACCCUCUGCGUGCUCUGGCGGCCCGCGAUGACAUCAGACAGGACUUCAUGGGAGAGAGAGUCACCAUGACUACCGUGAACACUAACAGGACACAAGUGGAGAAGUCAGGUCUGGUCAGUACAGAGGACUUCAGUAACGUCCACCUGCAUGAUGUCACUUCCACAGAAUCAGUGAGGAACAGCAACAACCUGCCCAUCAGCAACCUCAUGCUCAUUCACAUCAAAGGUUGGCAUUAUGUGCAAGUGCGUCUGGUGGAGCCCACAGCCAGGUCUCUGAACAGUGGAGACUGCUUCCUGCUGGUCACACCCACUCACUGCAUCCUCUGGAGUGGAGAGUUUGCCAACGCCACAGAGAAAGCCAAGGCGUCAGAGCUGGCCUCGUUGAUCAAGACACAGGGGGACCUGGGCUGCCUGGCCUGUGAGGUCAUCCACCUAGAGGAGGGGGUCAAUACUGACAACAGCCUGGCCUCUGACUUCUGGAACCUUCUGGGAGGAAAGACACAAUACAGAGGAGCGGGAGCCCCAGAAGAGGAUGAGCUGUAUGAGAGUGGGGUGGUGGAGUCUAACUGUUUGUACAGGCUGGUGGAGAACAGACUGGUACCCCAUGAGCAGGCCUGGGCAGCCAUCCCUACUGUCUCCCUACUGGGAUCCACUGAGGCCCUGGUGUUUGACUUUGGCAGCGAGGUGUACCUGUGGCAUGGGAAGGAUGUUGCCCCUGGUGACAGGAAUGUGGCUGUACAGCUGGCCCAGCAGGUGUGGGGUGGUCCCUACGACUAUAGCAACUGUAGGGUCAACCCACUGGACCCCACACACUGCAACCCCAGCAUACAGCCGCAAGGUGAAAGACGGCCCAACUGGGCCCUGUUUGGCUGUGUCUCUGAGCACAAGGAGACUGCCCUCUUCAGGGAGAAGUUUCUGGACUGGGCUGCAGAUAAGGAGGAGACGGCUGCAAUGGUGGUAGAGGAGGCACAGACUGCCAUGCCAGUGUGGCCCCAGCAGAGUCCCCUGUUCCAGCAGCAGAUAGAGUGUGUGUCUCUGUGUGCGUGCGAUGCCAAGGCGCUGGUGGCAGGGCGGGGGGUGGCGCUGCCAGGGGACGGGGUGGUCUCUACAGUCCUGGAGGGGGUGGACGUUCAGAGGGGGCAUGGGGUCGUACCCCUGGAGGACGGGCGGCAGGUGGAGCUGAACACUGUUGCCGUGGAUACCUGGCACAUUCAGGAGUUUGAGGACAGCGAGGCCCAGCUGGAGAGCCCAGGGCAGCUGCAUGAAGGAGACACGUACCUGAUCCGCUGGACCUAUACUCUCAGCCCAGCGGAUGAACGCGGGCAGCCUGGGAGGGAGUGCUCUGCUGUCUUCAUCUGGCAGGGCCGGCACUCCAGUAUCAAUGGGCGAGGCGCGUCUGCACUCAGGAGUCACGAGGGAACACAGGUGAUGGUGCCUCAGGGGCAGGAGCCUCCGUGUUUCCUUCAGCUCUUCCAGGGAGGUCUGGUCAUCCACAAAGGCUGCCGAGCGGACACCACCAACAACACAGGGGUCUGGCGUCUGUUCUGUGUGCGUGGGGAGCUGCCUGAGGAGGCCAGUCUGUUGGAGGUGGACUGUAGCUGUGGCGGCCUGCGCUCCCGAGGUUCUCUCAUACUGCUCAACAGUCAACAGGGGGCGCUCUACCUGUGGUACGGCUGUAAGGUCCACGCCAGCUCCCGGGAGGCGGGCAAGAGGGCUGUGGAGCGACUCACUCAGAUGUGCCCUCCUGAACUGGGCCUCAGCAGUGAUAGCCUUUCGAGGGUGCAGGAAGUGGAGGAAGGGGCGGAGCCUGUGGAGUUCUGGAACGCUAUUGGGCAGCAGGACAGGAAGACCUAUGACUGCAUGCUGCAAGAUCCAGGGAAGUAUAACUUCACGCCACGCCUCUUCCAUCUGAGCGGCCGUUCCGGAACCUUCCAGGGGGAGGAGCUGCAGAGCCCUGCACGGUUGCCAGGGGUUGUCAUGGCGAUGCCCUUUGUCCAGGAGAGCCUGUACUUUGUGCCACAGCCAGCCCUGUUCCUGCUGGAUAACUGUAUGGAGCUGUAUCUGUGGCAGGCAGGUGAGCCUGAGGACAGUCAGACCACUGGCUCAGCCUGUAUCCGCUGGGCUAAUGAGAGGAGGUGUGCCAUGCAGACAGUGCUCCAGUACUGCAAAGAGAGGAACCCGAGGCGCCCCCUUCAGGCCUACCUCAUCCAGGACGGAGUAGAACCCCUUACCUUCACCAACGUUUUCCCUCGCUGGGAGAAGAGACCCACACCCACCACACAGGGGGAGGCCGGGCGGGUCAAGCUGACCUUGGUGCAGGACGCCCUGGCCCAGCUCAGUAAGACCCAGUACCCCCUAGAGGAGCUGCUGCAGACCCCUCUGCCCGAGGGAGUGGACCCCCAGCGCCUGGAGAUAUACCUCUCCGACCACGACUUCCAGACUAUUUUGAAGAUGAAGAGAGUUGAAUAUGACUCCCUCCCAAACUGGAAACAAGUCAGCCUGAAAAAAAGCAAAGGACUCUAUUUGAAAACCUAAACAAACACAAAAAGAUCCCAUUUUAUUUAUGUCAACAUAUCCCGAGGAGAAAAUGUUUUUGUAUUUUCUAUUUUUAAGAGAAUAUUUUCCGGUCAGGUGAUGACAAAUCGUGUACAGUGUUUUCUUGGUAGCUGUAUUUAAGUUGUAUCUGUGUGUCUUCUUUAAGUAUGGUGCUUUAGGGCCUUAUUCGUUCUCAGCCAAUCACUCUCGCUUGCAGAGAGACAAGACUGCCUAUACCGUCAAACAGCAGGACAACCAUCCUUAUCCCCAAUCAAUCAACUGGAUCCGUUUUCUUAUUCCUAGAGUUUACAUGAGUGUGUGGUUUUCUUACGGACUGUGGAUUCCCUCAGAAAUGUUAACUAAAAAGAAGAAGAAACAGCAUUACACAUUUUCCUAUGAAACUUUAAUUUACCUGUACAAAUCAAUGUAGGGGGAAAAAAAGAGAAAGGUGAAAAAGGCAGGAGAUAAGGAAACAUCACCAACGAACGGUGGGUGGGGAGGAGAAAACACAGGAGAGCUUACAUACAUACAAAAGCAAUCAAUUGUAAUAAAACCACGGAAACCAGGAAAAUAAAGGAGUGGCCACUU